AUGUUCACUCCUUCAGACACCUUGUAUGACCACUCAUUUCAGUCAAGGGCCAAUGCUCUGCCUUCGGAUGAUGCUGGCCAUCCUCAGAACGACGUUGAAGACAAAUACUACGAGACGCGAUGUAUUCUAGAGGGCAAGACGCGAGAAAAUCCAGUAAUGGGUUAUGAUGCCGACUUAUCAAGGGGCUUGCAUGCGUUUGCAGCCUUAUUCAAUCGUGCAAACUGCGUGGAACCAGAUCGUGAGGUCGCGGCUGAUACUGAGAUUGUUGCGUCGACCCAGCACGAUACGCACAAAGCUUCCUACAUACAAAAGUGGCGUCAGGGAGUCAAGGAAAACGCACGAUGGGACAUUUCCGUUCAAGCCUCCACCUCACCGACGUUCAUGACCUUCCCAGGCUCUCCGGUAGCUGUUAUCAGUCCCGCCGCGUUAAAUGUCACCUCCUGCCCUCCCUAUGAAUUCCAUUCUUCCUCGGACAAGAAACGUUAUCCUUUUGGCAACCGUCGCGCUGCUACCGCACAACCAUGUGUGGAAGAAGACUAUGACCUCGACCUUCUACUCCAGCAACACGAGGUGCAGACGGAAACGGAGGACUCAGAUGUGGAUGGGCGAACCGAGUCAUCCAUCGUACUUCACGCGAUUACCCCUCCUCUCCGACCAGCCGACGACACUGUCAAGUUGGGCGAUCAAUUGCGUUGGCUCCCAUCUCGUUUGAAGUACACUCUUCUCUCGGCUAAGCGGAAAGGCUUCUGGCGACGAUGA